UUAAUGCCCACGGCCCACGUGGAAGUCUGCUCUAAUGAUUCCUUUUGGCUCUUCGCCGCUUGCGCCGCCGCCUCUUAUGUCACCACCUCGACGCGGUCGAGAUGGCGGCCGUAUCCUCCGCCCGCCAGUGCUGGAGCUCUCUCCUUCUCCUGAGCCGCCAUCUCCCGAGUUGAUACCCAAGGAUGCCGUCCCCUACCACUACGAGGCCUGCCCCCUCUGUAACAAGGUCAAAGGAAACUUUAGCACUACGGAGAGAUUCACCGCAAAAUAUACUGGAGUUGCAAUCAUGCUCAUGGUGUCCAAGAAGCUGAAGAAGCAUAUAACAUCACCAGCUCUACAUGAAGCUGCACAAACAUGGACCACAGCUCUCGAUGGCAGAGCCAACCUAAAGGCCGGCAAAGACAUGGUGGAGAACACUCAAAUUGGUGAUCUGUACCAGAGGAUCGAAAUGGCUGUUGAAGAGUCUACAAGGAAAGCACUGAGACGAGAGGAAAAGAAUGGUAGAGAUUACAGAAAAAGAAAAAACUCGAAUUAACACAAUCACAUACUUUCGACAUAACAUGAACGAUCUACUAAAAAGGGGGAAAAAAAAGGG